AGGAGAUUUGGAUGGGCUCGCGCAGUCACCGAUUCAGAGAGGAGUGUAUUUGAUUGAUGAACACUCCCAGUGAGUCUUUUUUGGAACUUACUAUUUUAUUUUAUUCCACAGUUAUCUUCGCUGUAAACAAACAACUGUUUGUCAGGGCACGGCGAAAUUCGUAAAUGGUUUUAUAGAGGAUGGUUAUCCUCAUUCGGAAUACUGCAUACCUGACGGUAUUGCUGAGCACGUUUGUCGCUUUAAAAAAGCAUUAGCAGAUGCACUCAAACAGCAUUGGUACCAAUUGAAAGAUCUUUAUGAUACACAUGCGCUUGUUCAUGCAGAAGCCGCACAACACGUCUCUUUCCGUGCCAUACGGUCUUUCAUGCAGCAGUGCAGAAAAAAACUUUAUCCCCGGAGCCCGCAGACGAUCCAAGAAUUUGUGGACCGACUUGUCGAUCCACAAUUCGCUAGAAAUCUCGAAUACACCAAUGGUCGACUGACGGUGCAUUUGAUAACAGACGACAAUGGUGCGCAGCAUGCAAUUCUUUUUGACGAGGACUUCGUGCGCCAAGAAAUGGGCGAGGUUUCUAAGCUUUUCAUAGAUGCGACCUUCUGUACAAGGCCUCGGAUUGAGGGAGUUUACCAAUUACUCACGAUCAUGGGAAUUAAACUCAACCACGGUUUCCCCUUCAUAUGGAUAUUAAUGACGAGGAAAACGCAAGCUGCCUAUGAAGCAUGCCUACGUUAUGUCAAAGAGCAGGUCUUGCAUGCGAACAUCAUUCUCGUCAUGAGCGAUUUUGAACGCGCAUUGCGUAAUGCCAUACUCAAGACGUAUCCGAUGGCACACAUCACAGGCUGCAAUACUCAUUACGACCGUGCAAUAUAUAAAAAAGCUAAGGCUCUUCAUCUCCAAAACAUCAUACGGACAAACGAUGAAGCAAAAACUUUUUUUAAGAAAGUUUUGGCUUUAGCGUACUUGCCGGCCGAUCGCAUUGUUGCCAAAUUCCGGGAUCUGCGAAAUAAUUUAUCGGGAACUUUAAAAACUCAGUUGGGCCAGUUCUGCAAUUAUUACGCUCGGUAUUGGAUCGGAAUCGUGAAGCCGGAGGGAUUUAGUGUGUACGGACUCAGCCGAAGAACAAACAACAUCAUUGAGUCCUAUCACAACCACUUCAAACAUCGAAUGGAAACGCGUCCCGGAGCAUGGGACUUUGUUGGCAAACUGCUAAAGUUGCAGUCGAGUGUUCGAGCGGACAUCGGACGGUUGAAGAACAAUGGGCAGAUCGGCCGGCACGCAAGAUAUUGUUCAAUAUUCAAGCAGAAAAAACUUAUAAAAGCAUGGCGUGAACUCCAUAUGUUAGAGAUCACUACUGACGAAUUUUUGGAAAAAGCAGCAGCGUUAAAGGGAAAUGUUGAGAUUCUGAUUGCUGAAGAGCAAAAUGAGCAGGAAGUUGAUGAAAUAGAUGAGCUGCAAGAACCGCCACCGAUUAGACCGUCAGAUCCAGAUUUCGAGCAAGACAUCUUUGCUGAAGAGCCACCGCAAUGGCUUCUGGACAAUGCAGUUGAACAAAACGACAAUGACCCAGAAAGAGUUGAUUUGGAGGAAGAAGCAAGAGAAGCUCUCCUUCCCAGAGAUAUCGAAAAUGAACCGAUCGUGAUAGAGGACUCCGACGAUGAUCACAUAAACGAACAUUCUUCGCUCGAUGCUAAUGAAAACGAGCCACAAGAGCGAACAAAUAAUGGUUUGGUGGAAGAAACGGGAGGAGCUCCCCUGCCCACAGAUAUCGAAAAUGAACCGAUCGUGAUAGAGGACUCCGACGAUGAUCACAUAAACGAACAUUCUUCGCUCGAUGCUAAUGAAAACGAGCCACAAGAACGAACAAAUAAUGGUUUGGUGGAAGAAACGGGAGGAGCUCCCCUGCCCACAGAUAUCGAAAAUGAACCGAUCGUGAUAGAGGACUCUGACGAUGGUGACAUGAACGAACAUUCUUUGCUCGAUGCUAAUGAAAACGAACCACAAGAACGAGCAAACGAUGGUGGUUUUGUGGAAGAAACGAGAGAAGUUCCCCAGUCCAGAGAUAUUGCAGUAGACCCUACUCGAAGACGAAGAAGUUCGGAGAUGAGCGAACAACUUCUCGCAGGUCCUUCAACCGAGCCAAUUAAAAAAAAAAACAAAAAAGAAACAAGCGCCGUAAAGAGAUGAGGAAAAAAGCAGUGGCGCGUUUAUAUGGAGGAUCAAUGGAGGAAUCCAUUCCAAUGCAGGAGGAGCAGCCUCAGCAAGCCGGGGAUCGCUUGCAUAGCGAGGAGAAUGAUG